UGUGAUUCGAUAAUAUUGAUUAUUGAUCGCCACUAAUGCCGACUUGUGGCUUCUGGAGUGGCUUCUGUUUACAAAACUCGUAUUAAACCGAGAGCUUCAUCACGGUGAGGUUUUGUUUAACGAAAACCGAUUGGAAUCAGAACUUGAUUUACGAUGCCUCGACGAGAACCAGAGAAUAAAGAUUCGUCGGAGGAAACGGAGUUCGAGGUGGAGGAACUGAACGAUCAGAUCAAGUCUUCAACAGGGAGUCGAUUUAGGUUGCUGAGGGACGAACUCGGGCUCGACUUAACUCGGCGAAGGUUCAGCCGAGACAACGUUCUUAAUGGCUUCAAUUCCUUGAAAGGCUUCGUCAUUCAUCCUGACAACAGGUGGUAUCAGCUAUGGACCCAGUUCAUAUUGAUAUGGGCCAUCUACUCGUCAUUCUUCACCCCCUUCGAGUUCGGAUUCUUCCGGGGAUUGCCCAAGAAACUUUUCUUACUCGACAUUGCUGGACAGGUGGCUUUCCUGGUCGACAUUGCUCUCCAGUUCUUCGUUGCUUACAGAGAUGAUCAGACCUAUCGUAUGGUCUACAAGCGCACAACCAUCGCUCUCCGGUAUCUUAAAUCAAAUUUCGUGGUUGAUUUUCUUGGUUGUAUGCCUUGGGAUGCUAUCUACCAUGCCACUGGGAGGAAAGAAGAAGUUAGGUAUCUUUUGUGGAUUAGAUUGAGUCGGGCACGCAAAGUUACAGAUUUCUUCCACAAGAUGGAAAAGGACAUCCGGAUCAAUUACCUGUUUACUCGAAUCGUGAAACUUAUCAUUGUUGAACUCUACUGUACCCAUACUGCUGCCUGUAUCUUUUACUAUCUCGCUACCACUCUGCCUGCUUCUCAUGAGGGACAUACUUGGAUAGGAAGUUUAAAGAUGGGUGACUAUAGUUACACAAAUUUCAGAGAAAUUGAUCUUUCAAAGCGGUACUGGAUAUCACUAUACUUUGCCAUAGUAACCAUGGCAACUGUUGGUUAUGGAGAUAUACAUGCAGUCAAUAUCAGAGAAAUGAUAUUCAUUAUGAUCUUUGUGUCAUUCGACAUGAUUCUUGGUGCGUAUCUGAUUGGUAACAUGACAGCAUUGAUUGUAAAAGGAUCAAAGACAGAAAGAUUUAGGGACAAAAUGACAGAUCUGAUCAAAUAUAUGAAUAGAAACAGACUUGGAAAAGAUAUCCGGAAUCAAAUUAAAGGCCACUUGAGGUUACAGUAUGAAAGCAGCUACACUGAGGCUGCUGUUCUUCAAGAUAUUCCUGUGUCAAUACGUGCCAAGAUUUCGCAAAAAAUAUAUAAAACAUUGAUUGAAAAUGUUUCUCUAUUUAAAGGAUGCUCUUCAGAAUUCAUCAAUCAGAUCGUAAUCAAGCUCCAUGAAGAAUUUUUUCUUCCAGGAGAAGUGAUCAUGGAACAGGGAAAUGUAGUAGAUCAACUUUAUUUUGUCUGCCACGGUGUACUGGAGGAGGUAGGCAUAGGGGAGGAUGGGUCAGAAGAAACUAUUUCAACUCUAAAACCUAAUAGCUCAUUUGGUGAAGUUUCAAUUCUUUGCAACGUUCCUCAGCCUUAUACAGUUAGGGUCUGUGAACUGUGUAGGCUCCUACGGCUUGAUAAAGAAUCUUUCACAAAUAUCCUACAGAUAUACUUCUUUGAUGGGCGAACAAUCUUGAACAACCUUCUAGAGGGAAAAGAAUCCAAUCUUCGGAUCAAGCAAAAUGAAUCUGACAUUACAUUUCACAUUGGAAAGCAAGAAGCUGAACUUGCAUUGAGGGUAAAUAAUGCUGCUUAUCAUGGAGACUUGUACCAGCUAAAGGGUUUGAUCAAUGCGGGAGCAGAUCCAAAUAAGACAGACUAUGAUGGAAGGUCACCUUUGCAUCUUGCAGCAUCAAAAGGUUAUGAAGAUAUUGCAUUUUUCCUUAUUCAAAAGGGUGUAGAUGUCAAUGCUUCAGAUAAAUUUGGAAAUAUGCCCUUACUAGAAGCCAUCAAGAAUGGACAUGAUAGAGUGGCUUCUUUGCUUGCCAAACAAGGGGCAUCACUAAAUAUUGAAGAUGCUGGAAGCCAUCUCUGUCGGGCAGUCAUAAAGGGAAACUCAGAAUUCCUGAAAAGGGUUUUAUCCUUUGGCAUCGAUCCAAAUUCCAAGGAUUACAAUCACCGGACUCCACUUCAUGUAGCUGCAGCAGAGGGGUUAUAUUUGACAGCAAAAAUGUUGAUAGAGGCUGGGGCAAGUGUUCUCUCAAAGGACAGAUGGGGAAACUCUGCACUAGAUGAGGCCCAUACAUGUGGAAACAAGCAUUUAAUCAAGCUAUUGGAAGACGCAAAGUCUACUCAGUUGUCUAAGUCCCAUAACUACUCCCAAGAAAUCCGAGAUAAAAUGCACCAAAGAAGAUGCACAGUAUUUCCUUUUCACCCAUGGGAUCCUAAGGAGAACAGAAGGGUGGGAGUGGUCUUGUGGGUUCCCCACACCUUGGAAGAGCUCAUCAAUAUGGCUGCAGAGCAUCUCAAAUGCUUUGAUCGUUCUUGCAUUUUAUCUGAAGAUGCAGGUAAAAUUCAUGAUGUAAACAUGAUAUAUGAUGGUCAGAAGCUGUAUUUUGUAAGUGGAACACAAUCGACAUAAAUAAUAAUAGGCCUGCUGUGAUUUAUAUUUUGGCAGCUUUGCCCCUGUCGUAUCA